CCCGCAACGCUCAGCCUCGCGAUGCCAACCGCGACGCUCUCCGCGUCCGCAUCCCUCGGCGCACCCACCCGCGCCGCGUGCGCCCGCGCCGGUAGAACCGCGCGCCGCGUCGCGCUUCGAUCCCCGGGCUCGAUCGCGUCGUCGUCGUCGUCGCGUCGCGUCGUCGUCAUGGCCGCCGCCGCCUCGGACGCCGUCCCCGCGGACGCCGUCGAGUACUUCUCCCCGUCCAAGGUCAACCUCUUCCUCAGGGUCGUUCGCAGGCGCGAGGACGGGUACCACGACCUCGCGUCGCUCUUCCACGUCAUCGACUUGGGCGACGACAUGAAGUUCGCCAAGUCGACCGGAUCGCGCGACGUCCUCGUGUGCUCCGACGAAACCAUACCGCUGGACUCGUCCAACCUCGUCAUCAAGGCGCUCGACCUGUGGCGACAAAGGACCGGCUCCACGCAACACUUCUGGGUCGAGCUCGUCAAGAACGUCCCGCACGGCGCCGGCUUGGGCGGGGGCUCGGGUAACGCCGCCACAGCCAUGUGGGCGGCGAAUGAGCUCUGCGGCCAACCGGCGUCGGAGGCUGAGCUCCUCGAGUGGAGCGGCGACAUCGGCAGCGACAUCAGCGUGUUCUUCUCGGAGGGCGCGGCGUACUGCACGGGGCGCGGGGAGAUCGUCGAGGACGUGGAGCCGCCCAUCCCGCUGGACACGCCGAUGCUGCUCGUCAAGCCCGACAUCGGGCUGUCAACGCCCGCCAUCUUCAAGGCGCUCGACUUGGACGGCCGGAGCACCGAGGAUCCGCUCGAUCUGCUGGAGCGCAUCAAGUCGGAGGGGUGCAAGGACGACAUAUGCGUCAACGAUCUGGAGGUCCCCGCGUUCGGCAAGCUGCCCGAGCUGUUGAAACUGAAGGAGAGGCUGCGGGGCGCGGGCACGAAGGGCGUCAGCUCGGUGUUUAUGAGCGGCAGCGGGAGCACCAUCGUGCAGGUUGGCAGCGACGACGUGCCGGAAUUCGUCCGGGAGGACGCCGCGCUGUUCAGGUCGCCCGCGAGGCUGAUCACGCGGAAGCGAGGAGAGUGGUACAAGCCCUCGGGGCUGUGGAAGAAGUGAUCGUUAGCCGGGCGUCGAUUGACGUCGUCGUUAUGAUAAUAUAUACCCUUUGCGAAAAUGCCU